AGGAACAUAACAGUGAUACUAAAAUAGCACACAGUCACAGCACUCUUAAACCCUAAACCUUGGCUUGCGGCGUGGGAGGUUGCAAAAAUGGAGGAAGCAAGAGUUCUGAAGAAUUUCCCGGUGAAGCCAAAGCUGAAAUCGAAAGCCAGAACCCCUAAGCAAACCCCUGAAUCCAAGUACUGGUCCUCCUUCAAGACCCAACAAAUUCCCAAUCUCAUCUCCGUUCCUUCCAUCACGUUCUCUCCGACACCCCCUCACUCUUUCGCCGCCGCACAUUCCGCCUCCCUCACUCUCUUCAGCUCCCAAACGCUCUCCCCCGCCGCCACCAUCUCCUCCUUCUCCGACGCCGUCACCUGCGCUUCCUUCCGCUCCGACGCCCGCCUCCUCGCCGCCUCCGACCUCUCCGGCCUCGUCCAGGUCUUCGACGUCAAGUCCCGCACCGCCCUCCGCCGCCUCAAGUCCCACUCCCGCCCCGUCCGCUUCGUCCACUUCCCCCGCCUCGACAAGCUCCACCUCAUCUCCGCCGGCGACGACGCCCUCAUCAAGCUAUGGGACGUCGCCGAGGCGACCCCGGUCGCCGAGUUCCUCGGCCACAAGGACUACGUCAGGUGCGGAGACUCCUCCCCUGUGAAUUCUGAAAUCUUCGUUACAGGCUCCUAUGACCAUGUCGUCAAGCUCUGGGAUUCUAGGGUUAGGGAUUCGAAAUGGUCGGUGCAGGUGAACCAUGGCGCGCCCGUGGAGGAUGUUGUGUUCUUGCCGUCCGGAGGGAUGGUUGCGACGGCUGGUGGGAAUUCGGUUAAGCUGUGGGACUUGAUUGGUGGAGGGAAGCUUGUGUAUUCCAUGGAGAGUCACAACAAGACGGUUACAUCGAUUUGUGUCGGGAAAAUUGGGAAGGAUGAUGGAGAAGAAUCAUCGAAUCAGUUUAGGAUCAUGAGUGUUGGGUUGGAUGGGUACUUGAAGGUGUUUGAUUAUGGAUCAUUGAAGGUUACACAUUCCAUGAGGUUCCCCGCGCCUCUUUUGUCAGUCGCUUACUCGCCGGAUUGUUCCACCAGGGCAAUUGGGACUUCCAAUGGAGUGAUCUAUGCUAGCAAGAAGAAGAUAAGGGAAAAGGAAAAGGAGAGGGAGAGUGAGGCUAGCUUGUUUUGGAAAAUCGCACCUGUGGAGAACACUGAGAAGAAAGCGAUGAGGCCUUCGCAUUUCAGGUAUUUCCAUAGAGGGCAGGGAACGAAGCCGUCCGAGGGGGAUUUCUUGGUUAUGAAGCCCAAGAAGAAGAAGUGGGCUGAGCACGACAUGCUGUUGAACAAGUUUGAGCAUGGGGAGGCUCUGGUAUCUGUGUUGCAAACUAUGAACCCCGGGCAUGUGGUGGCUGUGCUGGAGGAAUUGGUGGCUAGGAAGAAAUUGCUUAAGUGUGUCUCCAACUUGGAUGUGAAGAAUUUGGAACUCCUCUUGGAAUUCUUGCAUAAGUAUUGUACCUUGCCUAGAUAUUCUAGUUUGUUGAUGGGAUUUGCCAAGAAGGUUCUUGAAAUGAGGGUGGAUGAUAUUAGAGCUUCUGAUUCUGAAGCCAUCAAGAGUCAUAUCAUAAAUCUCAAGCGGGCUGUUGUGCAGGAGAUUCGGAUUCAACAGUCAUUGCAAGAGAUACAGGGUGGAUCUUUUAUAAUGCUGUGUAUUAAGUGCAUGAUGCUGUGUUUUCAUAUCCUGUUGGCAAGAGGUUGAAUCCCAAAAUUAGAUCUCUAUGUGCUAUUAAAUUAGACCUAUUUGUGCACCUUCUUUGCAGGUAUCCAUAUUUUCUAGCAGUCAACUGUUAGAUAAAGAUGUAAUGUGCUGUUAUAUUGAAUAACUGAACUGGUGUCUGUUAUAUCCAAUUUAUUAAUAAUUUACUAAUUUUCACAAAAUGGUUCAUGGAAAGCGCUUCUUUGCUAUGCUCCUCAAGUUUGCAUUAUAACAUUACCCACAUCUGGGGGUGGCGUAAUAAUGCUGGUCAUGUCAAUCAAAGGCUGAAUAAUGCUGGUCACGUCUCUCUUCGAUGUAAAUCAUCUAACCCAGAGUUCUCAGCUGCAUUUCCGUCCAACUCAUAGUCAUAGCAUGUUGGUGGAGUUUCCAGCCAACCCAUGGCACUCUGAUGGAAUUUCCAGCUAAUCCACACUCUGUGAACUCUGACGCACUGUUCUGUGGUCUCUACUCUGUUCACAUCCUUUGGGGUCUGUUCUGUUCAUGUCAAGGAGGACUAGAGGAGUCUAUGUUUUGUUUUAUAUUCUUUGAUCAUUGUACGGUUCAUAUAGACAACCUUACAAUGCUCUUUCUUGCUGCACUUUCUUUUAUAUUACUUGACUCUUAUUAUUAACUUCUGUUUCUGCGUUUGCCUUAAAUUUAUGGCUUUUAAUCAUUAAUUAUGAAAAUACCUUUAAUUAUGUUUUUUUUUGCAUUUAUAUGUAACAAAUUAUUUUAACUUAGAUACGAAAAUUUCAUAAUAUACAGUAAUCUUUCAUACACAUACACACACCUAAGAAAUUUUUUUAAUCCAUUUAUCUUUUGUUCCGUAACAUGCUGAUAAGCUAGCUAAUCAUGGUUUAUAACACUAAAUAGGAUAGGCUAUAUAGAUAGUAGUGGUUGACAUAGAUUUGGAUUUGGGAAAAGAUACCGUCUUUGAAAAUAAUACUCUAUUUCUCUCACUUUAUUUCUUAUACUAUUUUUCUCCAACAGUUGAAUGCUUAAUUUUGUUAUCUUUAUUUGUGAUCAUUUUGUUCUGGUGCAAUAAUGAGAGACUGUGAAAUUUUAAAAGAAUAUAAUGUGGAUUCCUCUCUUUCCUAUUUAAUUCUGCAUUCCAGAAUAAGUUCUUGAUAUCUUUUAGUAGUUGGAUGAAAAACUAGUUCAGUGGCUUAGAACUAGUGUAAGAUUUCUCUACUUUUAUAAUGAUGUCAAUUUAUCUUGUUGAAAGUUUAGGUAUUUGGGUAGAUAAGGAGGGAAAGAGAGAAUAUUCUGACGUAUUAAAUCAAUAGUGUUGUGAAAGAUGUGAUAGAAAAGAUAAAGUACUUAGCUCUAUUUACUAUAAUAGAAGACUCCUCAUCCCAAUUAAAUAAGGAAACAAAUCCUGAAAUAUAUAUGGAAUUUAUUGCUAAAAGAUCACCAAAGGUUCUCUAAAGGCCAAAAUAUUCUGAGAUAUAAUGAUAUGAUAUCUAGAGAUAUCCUCUAGAUGUUUUAAACUUUUGAUGAUUGUAUUUUGAUCAAAUGUG